AUGCAAAAGAAGGGAAUAAUUGAGGUACUGGAACAAGCAUUAGAGGUGAAUGAGGAGACCUUACCAUCUUGGUGGGUUGAGCAGAAAGCAGAGCUGGAGGGAAGGAUACAAACCUUGGAGGAUGGGAUGACUGAGAACAGGGGCUAUUUGCAGAGAAUCCUACAGUUGGUCAACCAGGCAGCUGAGGAAAAAGACUCACCUCAGUCAGAAAGGAGUCAAUCAUCAGCAGCUGAAAAGCAAAACAAAGGUGAAUGUAAGCAACCAUGUUUAGUUACGGUUCCGAGUGAGCAUGAGAAGUAUACUUUUAAACCUAAUGAACCGGGGAUAUUAGCUGCUAAACCUGUGGAGUUUACUAGUCCUCUACCUUUUAAUCCAAAAGUGCAAGAAGAAAAUAUCAUGGGUAGUUCUAGUGAGAUUAAAGUAGACAGUAAGGGUUUGUUUAGGAGUUAUGGGCCUAUUUUACCUCGACCUAAAUUGGAAUUACAUAUGUUUAAUGGCAGUAAUCCCAGAGGAUGGAAGCAUAGAGUGACUUGGCAUGAGUUUGAGGCUGAUUUGUGUCAUAGAUUUUGUGAUAGAAACUAUUCAGAUAUCAUUGAAGAAUUUAAUAAGUUAAUGCAGAAGGAUAGUGUAGAAGACUUCAUUAGUGGUCUUAAGGAGGAAUUAAAACAUAAGGUGAAGGUGUUGGAGCCUAAGAAUCUAUCUGAAGCUUAUAGGCAAGCUAAACUCUAUGAGUUAGCUAAUGAGAUUGAAGGGAAGAAGUACAAAUCUCCUAGUAAAUUUUUUUCUUACACUCUUUCAAACAGUCAACAGAACAGUGGUAAUAGGAGUUUAUUACCUAAGCCAGUUCCUCCUAAUUCCAAUCCAAAACAGAAUUUGUUGGAUUAUAGAAGAGCCAACAAUUUGUGCUUUAAAUGUGGAGAAAAAUUUGUUCUAGGGCAUCAGUGCAAAGUCAGACAGCUGAACUGUAUGGAGGAAGACGAACCUACAGAUUCUGCUGAACAGGAUUUAACAGAAGGUGAGAAUAGAGAGGUAGAAGAUCAAGCUAAAGAAGCCUUGGAAAUUUUUAUCAAUGUUAUUACAAGGAAUGUGGGACAUACUACUUUGAGGAUUCAAGGUUUUAUCAAGGGAAAACCUAUUAAUGUGCUAAUUGAUAGUGGCAUCACCCAUAGUUUUAUAACUCCUCAAUGGGCUAAGGAAGGGGUUGAAUUGGUUCAUACCCAGCCAUUAGUUAUUUCAGUAGCUAAUGGGGAUAAGCUGUUCAGUACGGCUAAGAGCAAUAAAGUGAGUUGGAAGAUGCAUGGUUAUGAUUUCCAGCAUGAUUUUAGUGUUAUCUCUGGGAGAUCCAUCACAUGUGAGAAAUUACAAAAGUUAGCAGAAAAAGACACUGAAUUAAGUGGGGAGAUUUAUUUGCUAAGUGCUGAAGUAGAAGACAGUGUAGUUCCUUUACCAUUACAAGAACUCCUAGAAGAGUUUAAAGAAGUUUUUGAAGAACCAAGGGGAAUGUCUCCUAGUAGGAAACAUGAUCAUGCAAUUGUCCUUAAACAGGGAACACAACCAGUAAACCUUAGACCUUAUAGAUUUGUUCAUCAUCAUAAGGCUGAAGUUGAGAAACAGAUUACUGAAAUGUUAUCCUCUUCUAUUAUUCAGGUUAGUAAAAGUCCUUUUGCUUCUCCAUGUUUACUUAUUAAAAAGAAAGAUGAAACUUUGAGAUUUUGUGUAGAUUAUAGGAAACUUAAUUCUGCUACAGUUAAAAAUAAGUUUCUUAUUCCUAUAGUGGAGGAUUUGUUAGAUGAAUUGAAUGAGGCUGUUUUCUUUUCAAAAAUUGAUUUGAGGUCUGGAUAUUGGCAAAUUAGAAUCAAGGAGGAAGAUAUUCCUAAAACUGCUUUUAGGACUCAUCAAGGACACUACGAGUUUAAAGUAAUGUCUUUUGGUCUUAUUAAUGCUCCAGCUACUUUUCAAGCUUUGAUGAAUGAUUUGUUUGGAGAAUAUUUAAGGAAGUUUGUUCUUGUAUUUUUUUAUGAUAUAUUGAUUUACAGUCCUAGCUUGGAAGAGCAUAAACAACACCUAAGAACUGUGUUGGAGGUUCUGUUGAAAAACAGAUUAUAUGCUAAAAGGAGUAAGUGCUUCUUUGGGCAGCAGCAAGUGGAGUAUCUAGGGCACUUAAUAUCAGCUGAUGUGGUGGUAACAGAUCCUAACAAAGUUAAAGCCAUGCAACAGUGGCCCUUGCCUAAGAAUCUGAAAGCUUUAAGAGGAUUUUUGGGAUUAACUGGAUACUACAGGAUAUUCAUAAGAGGAUAUGGGGAACUGAAUUUUUUUUUGGAAACUGAUGCUAGUUCUAAAGGGAUUGGAGCUGUUAUUUCUCAAGCAGGGAGACCUAUAACCUAUUUGAGUAAAGCUUUGGGUCCUAAGCAUGCAGAUCUUUCAAUUUAUGAGAAUGAGUAUUUGGCCAUUUUGAUGUAUAGGAAGGGUAAGUCUAACAGAGCUGCAGAUGCACUCUCUAGACAGCAACUGGAUUCUGGUGAAUUUGUUCAAAUGGGAGUUACUGUUAUAACUCCUACUUGGGUACAGGAUAUUGAAAAGAGUUAUGAAGAUGAUGUUAUAGCCCAUGAAAAAAUUCCUAUUCUGGUUAUUAAGCCAGAUGACCUACAGGACUGA